UCCACUCAACGGCCGACCGUCCUCAUACCUCCGGGGUACGAUGAGUCCAACCCCGCAGACCCGGUGUACUUGGAGUUGGACGAGCGCAGGAGGGGCCAGGAACACUACUCCGCACUGCGACUGGGGCCUGCAGCCGAUGCUGCCCGCAAGAGGACGCAUCGUCAGGACCCACGCGUCCGCCAGCGACAGAAGGAGUACCAGAAGGAGCAUCGUCAGGAACCGCACGUCCGCCAGCGGGAGAGCGAACGCCACAGGACGCGCCGUGCCCUCCACGCCGCUCAGUCUGAUGACGCUUUUGCCUUGCUGAACCGCCUUCACGACGAAUCCGGCUACAAGGUCUCCAGGAAUUCUCGGCGCCUCCGCGCCGCGUCCGAAGCUACCCCCCCUGCAGACCACUUGAAGCAACGGAUCGCAGAUGACGUGGUCCGGCACUGCUCUGUCACGGAGGCCGACAAGCGCAGGCUGGUCUCCUCUUAUGCCGACGCAAUGUCCCACGACGCUCUCCUGCCAGGAUGCGGGACUUGCGGCCGCAGGGACCCCCAGCACCCCGCCGAGAGGAAGUGGUCUUUAGAGUCUCUUCCACAUGAUCACUGGAUCCGGUACUCCGACGCCGACGUGCAGGCGCUGAGCGACAUGCCCGCGGUCGACAUGGUCAAUGCGGACGGCACGUCCCGCGUCGUCCAUACAGCGUUGCUGAGGAGCUACUGGCGGGACCCUCGAGGCAACCAUUUCCACGUCCACCCAGAGUUGGUCAACGUUGACGGUCAGGGUCCACACUUCGUGUUCCUGUGCCCUGUGUGCCAUCGAGCGGCCGUCAACAAAGGUGUUUCCCCGCCGCCCUUCGCAAUUGCAGCAGGCGUUGACUUUGGACUAUUGUGUCGGCUGGGCCUGGACGCUCCUUCCAAGCUUGAGGCUCUUGCUCUGGCUGACGUUCGCGCAUGCAGUCUUGUGGCGAAGGUACACGUGCCGCAGCGACGCGCCACGGUGGCGCCCCGCACGGUGCUCCGGGGACACAUGAUAUCUUUCCUCCAGGACGGGCCGGCCGUAUUGGGCAAACACUUCGACGAAGCUCGUUUGGCAAACGUCUUGGCGAAUGUGCAGCUGUUGUUCGUUGGCCCCGACGGGAGGACUACGGACCUGGAGCGUCGGGCACUCUCUGUGCCGGCAAUGCAAAUGCGCCCUCACGUCUUGCGCAACCACCUCGCACUGCGACAAGCUCUCGAGCACGUCUCCGACAUGGCAUUGCCUUCAGUCGACGAGCUUGGACGCCUGCUCGCGUCGCUGCACGACCAGCUGGCCGCGCAGGCUCGCUACGUAGUCGACGACGCCGUGGAACAAGCCAGUCUACCAUCUGACGUGGCAAACGUCAGAGAUGUGGCUAUGCACGACGACCUUCAGGCCAUGCACUUCUCCACGUCUGCAGGUGGAGAUCCGGCGCCGCCUGUCGCCCUUGACCCCGAGGGCGUGCUCGCGCGCACCGCCGACCCGGUCACCGGCGCCAUUUUCGAUGGUCUCAUGGACGUUCUGCGCGAGGGGGGCGGGCACCCUGGCGACGAUUCUUCCGCUCCGCUCGCAAAGGCUCUGAAGUCUUCGAACGGCGCCACUGCCUCGCUGCGGGGGCGCCCCUGUGCGCGGGAGUUGCGGCCCACGAACGAGUUCGCGAACAACGGCGACACCCUGUACGGGGCAUUCUGGCACCUAUUCCCACUGCGCCAGGGCCUCCGCUCCAAAGGUUCGGCGGGCGCCCACGACUCCCGCCACCUGCUCGCGCAAUUCCACAACAGCUUCGCGCAGCAGCCAAGUUUACUCUUCUUGCUUGCCAACCAAGAUCAAAGACACGCUGCCGCGAAGGGGGUCGGCGUCCGCGUGAAGACUGAUCCGGGCAGUUUCCAGGCGUUCGCGAACAUGAUAGCCGACAAGGACGCGCACCUCGAGCGCUUGCGCGUUGCCAAGGAGGACCCCGCGAGCAAGAGCGCCAGAGACUUGUUGAAGCAAGUCUUGCGGUUCACGGCAUCCGCGGGCAAGGGGGUCAUCGGCGGAGGUGUUGACGGCGGCGUCAGCGUAGAUGCCCCUUGCAAGGCGUUCCAGCUGAGCUACCGCGCUGGCAAGGCCGACGUCUUCCCUUCGAGAGUCCCUGGUAUGCGCUCGCCUGACGCAACGUACAAGUUCGACCUGGACGAGGCCUUCCUGCAGACACUUGCGACCAUGAACCUGGUGGCCACCACCCUCGUCUACGAGCAGAUGUCUGAAGCCAUUUUCACGGAGCUCGUGGCCCUACCGCCGAACCACCGCAGGAAAAAGAGCGCCGGCGCGGAGGACGUCCCAAAAGGCUUCCUGGGGACGCCGUUCGGAUGGAGCUUCGUCCACGAAACCAACCAGCGAAAGUCUUUCCAUUUCCACGCCUCCGUUCACGCGGGCGCCACCCCGGAGCUCUUGGCCGACGUCGCGGGCUUCCCAGCGCUGGAGACUGUGGUGUGCCAGGCGUUGGAUGCCGUGUGCCGCGCCUACGUCUCCCCGGAGAUCCACGUCUUGGACCUCUCUCGCCGUCUGCUCCGCGUCCCCGCCGCGAAGCUGCCGUGCUUCCAAACGCGCCAGGUGCUCAGCGAUGCUGACAGCCUUUCCUUCGACAUCGGCGCUGCCAUCACAGCCGUCGCCACCGGCUUCCACCAGCACGCCAGCACGUGCCACAAGGGGGCAUCAGGAAAAGAUGGUUGCAGGAUGGCCCGGCCCGCAGGACACCCAGUGCCCGAGACGCGCGUGCUCGCCGUCGAGCUUGCCAACCCCGAUGCAGACGACCCUGGUGCCGACCAGGCCAUGGCUACUCCAGACGGGCGCGUGCAAUGGGCGUGCGCCGACUGCCGAGCGCCGUCCCGAUUCUGGGCUCGACGUGCAGCGCCGCGGCACGACAGCGGCGCUGCCGCCUGUUUGUCCCACGAGCUCUGCAGACCACGCAUCGCUCCGGACAGCACCUCGUUCCCGACUCCUCAGCUUUUCAUGGGCCUGUCUGAGGCUGACGCUGAGGCCAUGGCCGGCUCCGAGGCGCUCCGCUUAGUCGGCUCCGUCAGGGACGAGCUGCGUUACCUCUUGGAGCGGCGCGAACUCCCUCCCGCUCUUGGCGAUCGCAUGCGCGAUUGCUCCAACGAGGAGGCCCUCAAAUUGAUCCGGGCUUGGCGCGGCAUGUCGUGCCGGAACGCAUGGUUGGUUGAAUACUGCCCGGUCCUCUCUGGGUCUUUGGGCUCCAACACAGCGCCGCUGCUCCUGGGCGCUGGGGGCUCUGCGAAGGCCGCGGGCAUGUACAUGUGCAAGUACAUGGUCAAGGACGCGUGCGAGUUGGCUGCCCCCCUGUCCGUCCUCGCAGACGCUCGCCACCACAUCGAUCGCUACCCUUCCAGCGCCAUCGACGCUGACACGGGCGACAGAGCAGCGAAGCACUUCUUGCAGCGCGUGCUCAGCUCGGCUGCCACGGAGCUAGCGCCCACUCAAGCUGCCGCCAUCGCCUUGGGCGCGUCUUCCAGCGGGCACUCUCACAGCUUCGUGAACUCGUACGUUUGGGACGCGGUGCACCUGCUGCAGGAGCUCCAGCGCGGCGGUGCCUUGCUGUCUACAGCCUCCGCCUCCCCGGCGGCCGGCGAGGCCUCCUCGGCGACUCCCGCGUCGGAGUGCGGCUCAACGGGAGGUGCCGCCCACGGGGGCCCCCCGGACGUGGUCGACGCGGCGGAGCACGUGGGCGAACCUGUCCGCCAGGGCACUUGCAGCAUCUACAAGACGACCAACGGCGAGUCCAUCGCAGUCUCACAAGCAGAGCACUAUGCUUACCGAUCCUUGCAGCUGUUGCCUCUGACUUUUGACGAGUUCGUCAUGUCCAUGCAGGUGGCGAAGAAGUCCAGGGCAGACGAGCGAAGCCAGAAGCCUGGCAGACGCCCGAAUGCCACCUACGAGCUCCUGGAGCCCCACCCGUUGGCGGCUGAGUACGAAAUCAAAGCCAAGGGGAAGCAGACGAUGGCGCGGCAGCGCAAGCAGCGUCUGCACGCAGAAUACUUCAUGGCCGCGUUCUCCCCAUGGCAUGCGAGCACCGCGUCCGGAGUAGACAUCGCGCCCGCAGGUUGGCAGGCUUUCCUUGGCCGCUUGGAGUCCGAUGCCGCGGGGGCCCCGCCCGCUUCCACGCGAAUGCGCCGGAAGACCCCUGCCCAGGAGGACGUCCACGCUCGCAUCGCCCAGGGGCGCCUGUUUCGAAUAGAGCAGGUUUCCCAGGCAUUCGCCUCGAGCACAAGUCAGGCAAAGACAAUAAACGCCCGGCGAUGUCGCAACCGGACUCUAUGGAGAGACGAUCACCUCAGCGCUGCUGCAGACGACCCCGCCGCUGGGCCAGACGCGACGCCCAGGAAGGCAGCGGAGGACAUUGCAGAUAUCGAGGCCCGCGCCGCCCGCAGGGCUGACGCUCGAGCUAUCAAUCGUGCCGCGCAGGCAGAGUCGUGGGGCGACGACAACUUUGCCUCUCUACGGCGACUUUCUCAGGCGGCUUCCUCGAGCACGACCUCGCCCACUUGGCCUGCUGGCGCCCCGUCGCCGACGGGCCGCGCGACCAUGAGAUUCCAGGAGGACGGGGGCCGCAUGGCCGCGGUGCUGCAGACGAUUGCCAAUCCUCGCUCUCAGGACAUGGCGGCGCCCCCGUCCCCGCGAGAGGCCGCGAACCGCCUUGUCGCUGACGGCGGGUCCGUCCCGCCAGCUUUCGCAGACAUCACUCAGCAGGAGUUUGCGGUGGAGGUGGCCGAAUGGAAGCGACAGUGCGGCGUGCUCCUCGCAGGGGCGCCAAGGCCGCCCCCUCCUCUGAACCCCCCGCAGCGCCAGUUCGCCAGGGACCACCUGUCCGUGCAGCAGCACUUGGCGCAGGCGCGGGCGGCCAACCAACCGCGCGCCAACGCUGCGGAGAGUUUGGCGGCUGCCGGCUUGUCCCAGAUACAUUUGCUCCAGGGCGCUGGCGGCGUCGGCAAAAGCGUCCUCUUGGAGGCUAUGAAGACCAUUAUCGCAGAGCGGAGGCUGGGCGUCAUGGUCGUCACGGCAUGGACUGGCGUCGUGUCUGCGCCCUUCGGGCCCCCCACGCUGCGUUCUCUCUUGAAGAUCGAUUUCGCGAACAUGGCCGGCGCGGCGCGCAUGACGGACGAUGCGCUGCAGGCUCUCCGAGCGGACUUCACUCAAGCUGUCUGCCGCCCGCAGGACUUGCUGGUUCUCGUCAUCGAUGAGUGUUCCUUCCUGGUCGCCCAGGCCCUCGGCCUCGUCGACACGCAGCUAAGACGCCUCCUGGGCGAACCUGACGCUCCGUUCGGAGGGAUUGCCAUCAUUCUGACUGGCGAUUCCUGGCAGAAGCCGCCGCCUGGUGGCGUCUCCAUGGCCGAGCAGCUCGCCGCGACGGAGGUGCCCGAACUGAUGCGAGGGACUGGGCCGCUCGACCCGACCAGCACGAAGGCCAAGGGGGUGGCGUUCUUCCGACAGGGCGGUCUGGUCGGCCAUCAGGCGCGCAGAACUGUCCUGACGCAGCAGAUGCGAGUCGCCGACGACCCGGCCUUUCAAAAGGAGUUGCUGCAGUUACGCGACACGAGCUGUCCAACGCCAGUGCCAUCUUCGUUGGUCAACCAUUUGCAAGAAGUUUCUGCGAGAGACGUCCAGACAAACCCGGCUUGGGCUUUUGCCACCAUUGCGGUCCUGUCCAACUUCGAGCGGCACAAACUGAAUCGCUUGCAGGUGGAGGCGUUUGCGAGGGCGUUCCAGCUACCCCUUUUGACCUGGAAGCUCCCUCUGACUGGCAAGGCAGCCGAACUCCUCGACGGCGCGGGCCUCGACGAGCUCUACGAGACCGAGCCUGGGCUAUGGGGGUAUUUCGUCAGAGGCGCGCCAGCCAUGCUCACUGAAAACAUUCAGCCUACCAAAUUCUUGGUCAACGGGGCCUGCGGGCACAUGCACCCAGUCACUGCGCAGGGCGAGCUCGAGGAAGACAUGGGCGCAGGCGCCGCCGCCGCCGGGUAUCGCAGAACUGCGUUGGACGAGCCCCCGCUCAGCGUCAAUUUCCAACUCGUGCUUCCAGACGGCGACGAUGGCGCAGGAAUCGAGAGCCUCGUUGACGAUGCCGUGGUGGUGCCUAUUCUCUGCAGCAGGCACAUGCAAGAGCAUGACAUGACGUCUUUGUUCUCCUGCCUCAAGGCCAUGCCCAAAUCUGUCCGCUACCGCGGCCACGCGAUCACGCUUGCCUUCGCCGUCACGGACUAUAAGCUGCAGGGGAAGACCAAGGACGAGCUCAUCCUUAGCAUUGCGCCGCGGCCUUUUCCGCCUCAUCUGGAUUUGAAGGGGUUCUACGUCGACGUUUCCCGCGUGCGCAAGCGCAGUGGCCUGCGAGUUCUCCGGCUACCGCCGAAGAAGAUGGGCGGCCUCAAACAUUUGUACGGAUUGCAGCACACGCGUGAUCUUGCCGCCUGGAACGCAGGAUAUGACGCGAGCGGGGAGUGGUGUCGGCGCUUGGCCCGCGCAUCGCUCAAGAAGCGCCCCGUGGCAUCUUCCCAGAAAGUGAAGCCAGUGGCGAAGCAGUAG